ACAGGUUAUUUCAAGCAUUAAGAAGAGCUUGGCACAGUUAUUUGGAUUUAGACGGUCUUGUCUUCUUCGUAAUAUCCCAAAUAACAAUGGUUUCUGACAGUUCUGAUCUGAUGUCCUUACGUUUUAACAUCUGCGAUAUGUCAAGUAGCCUAUGCGUUUUGGAGAAUAGGUCUAUAACUAUUUUUAAAUGAUUAUAAAUAUAAAAUAGCCUACAUUUCUUACCGAGACAUACAUGGAUAGCAAAUAACGCUUUAAGAUGACUUUUUGUGAACAAAGAGUACAAACAUAGACUGCAUAUAGCAAUGAAUUAAGGUCUGAGGUGAACUUGAUUGACAUGCUGAGCCAACAACUCCCUAUAUUUUAAACAUUAUAAUUGUAGAAAAAUGUAUUUCUUUUGUCAUAGCCUACAAUAUCUUGAAAUAGCAUCCAUCACUAUUCACCAAAAACUUUGAAUAUCUCAGUACAGGCGCAGCAAUACCGCAGUGGAAGUACAGACAGCCUGUUGUUGCGGUUUAAUCAUGUGCGCAUAGGAGGUACCCCAUAAGCAACUUAGUCUAAGUAUGUAGCUUGCAUUAAAUAACUUUCGAACCUAUGUCGUGUUGUGAUGUUUAGAGCGCUGGUUCCAGACAACAUAAGAUUUACAUGUGUGUACAUUUACAAUUGCAUUUACAUUUGUUACCUUACAAAAAGGUAUAGGCGACACGUCUAGUCUAGUGGACACGCAGCUACGCUUUGGGCGUGAUUUAAGUUUGGAAUGGCUUGUUAGUUUUGUCAUUGAAAUGGAAAAUGGAUGCAUUGGAAACAACAUGUUUCCACAAACAGGAUAGGUAGACAGUAGGCUAUGUUUUGUGAAUCUGCAAAAUAUAUACAGUUUUCUGUCAUUGAAAAUCACCGUCAGUCAUUCAGAGCAAAUAUCGACUGUAUACGAGUAAGUGGAAUUGUGCCGGUUCUUGUGUACAAUUAUAGUAUCGAAAAUCGUAGUAGUCUAAAUAUGAGCCCAGCAAGUAUGAGCCGAAUGAAAUCAAUAAGUCCGGUUUAAGUUACACAUAUCAUUGAUUAAUUUAACGUAUUGAUUGAUGGUCAUUAUGAUCAUUACAGGUGAAAUAAGUCAUAGGUAUUAAAUAGGCCUGUACAUUCCAAAUUGGUGGCAUUCCACUGGGAUGCCUUAAUUUUGACUGCAAGAUGCCAGAGCAAUGUGUAAUUUAUUUUAGUGUAGUGAAGAUCACGUUUUUAAAGACAAAGCUCAACCUCAGACAGCAGUCCUUCAAAUUACUUUACUGUGAAUUAUACUUAGAUUUCCACCUAUCUUGUUCCUCUUUUAAUUCCAUUAUAAAUCCCCUUUCGAUGCAUCCUUUCCAUACAGGCCGCGCGCUCGCGCUGAGUGUGCGUGCGUGUACGGGAGUGAAAUGAAGAGAGGCUCUGAGCUCACGUGCGCGCGCAGGCGUGCGCUUGCGUGUUUUCUUAAAGCUUUAUGUGCUUUUACCAGAGGGCUAUGAGGAUACAAGCUACAUGUUCCGCAGCACUCCCCGCUCACAAUUGGUGGAAAAUGGUCAGGUGACACUGUCAUAUUGUCCUCCUUUGAGCCAACCUUAGCUAUAACACUAGGUUUGACCGUCUUAACUCGAGUAUAGAAAUUAAUAAUAUUGAAAUCUGAGUAUCACCUGAAAGACCCAGAGACGCCAGGAGGUUGCCAUCUUAUGCGACAGAAAAAUACACACUUGCCCUGAAAGUAGUAUCCCAACUGUGAGAGUUGAGGGAUUGAGAGAGAGAGAGUAGUUGGAGGAAAAAGAGAAACAGGAGGAAGAGCACACGUGAGGCCGAUAGGGAAGGUAUGAAUUCGUAUUUCGCGAACUCGUCGCUCCCCUGCCAUUUAUCUGGUGGUCAAGAAGUUCUACCAAACGUCUCUCUAAACUCGGGCGGCUAUGACCCAGUCAGACAUUUCUCGUCCUACAGCUCACCCAUGAGUCAAAACCGGAUUUACGCUUCCCCCUUCUAUUCACCUCAAGAUAACGUAUUUGGGACGGGUCGAGGACCAUACGACUAUGGAUCUAAUAUAUUUCUCCAAGAAAAAGAUGUGCUCCCUAGCUGCAGACAAACAAGAAUGGGACUUAAUGGUCAGAGCCACAUCACUCAGGACUACAACUUGGAUCCAGGCAGGAAUGGAACACAAGAGCAGAAAGGCAACGUUCAGAUAUAUCCAUGGAUGCAGCGCAUGAACUCGCACAGUGGGGUUGGCUAUGGUGUAGACAGACGCAGAGGUCGCCAGAUCUACUCCCGGUACCAGACACUGGAACUGGAGAAAGAAUUCCACUUCAAUCGGUAUUUGACGAGACGAAGACGCAUCGAGAUUGCCAAUGCGCUCUGCCUAACUGAACGCCAGAUUAAAAUUUGGUUCCAGAACCGCCGUAUGAAAUGGAAAAAGGAGAGCAACUUGACCUCUACUAUCACGGCGAGUGAAUCCACUGUUGUAUCUCAAGAGGCAAACAAAGAGAGUGAUGAAAAUGAGCCAGAGGAGAAAAAGGAGGACUGAUCCUCAUUCUCCAAAUUCCUGCAUUCUGAACAUUUAGUAGAACAGCAACAUAACUACCUAUUCAUGACAUUUUACACUUUAAUGCAUGAUAAGCAUUGUUAUUCAGUUCCUGUUUUACCACCUCCUGUGCGUAUGUACCCACUUGCAGGCGCAGAAACUCACUCUCCCAUAUCAGUACAGAAAACACGCACGCGCACGCAUACACACCAGCACGCACGCAUGUUGAGAAACUGCAACAACUAGGUUUUUAUAUUUAGUGCAAUUCUGCCGUUUGGAUCGGAGUGAGGAAUAUAUGCAACUUUGUGUGCUUGAUAGUGCCAGUUUUAUCCUGUUGCAAAAAUGGAAAUAAUUGUUAUCCUAUAGAGCAGUCCAUAAACAUUUGGCCAGGGCAAUGAGUAGGCUACAUUUGCCUUACAGAUGGAUCGGCAAACCGUGCGCCUCAGCGUUCAUUCCAAAUGAAAACUGAAUUACAUAUACAUUUCUGUUGUUAACUUCUUUUGAUGUUGUUGACAUAAUGUUGUAUAAAAAUAUUUUUCAUGAAUUUCGAUGUCUGUCCUAAUGGACAAUAUACACUACCUACAGACGAUUGUUCAUAUUUGUAUAUAUUAAUCCACUGCUCAAGCAUGGAUUUCAACCUUUCGUUUGCUAUUUUUUUUAAGUGUGAAGCACACUUUGGCUUGUACAGGAGAAAUUGCCUAGGCAAACGCUUUGAAGUAUAACAUUAAAAUUAUACAGAACAAAAAUAAUCUCAUUUUUGAUGUGAAGUGUU